AUGCCCUCGGACGUCGUGCGAUUCACCGGCGCCAAGGACUUCCGCGCUCGCGUCCUCUGUUCCGUCCUCAGCGGUAAACCGCUCGUCAUUCGCGACGUGCGAAGCGCCUCGCGUCCCGACGCCGCCGCCGCCUCGGUCGGUUUGCGCGAUUACGAAAUCUCCUUCCUCCGGCUCGUCGAUAAGCUGACGAACGGAACGAAGAUCGUUAUCGGCGAAGACGGAACGUCUCUGAGGUUUGAGCCCGGGGUCGUUCGCGGUGGACGAAGGUUGACGCACGAGUGCGCGGCGAGUCGAGGGGUCGGGUACUACGUCGAGCCGACGCUCGCGCUCGGAUUGUUCGCGAAGAAACCGAUCGAGUUGACGCUGACUGGAGUGACGAACGACGACGCCGACGUGAGCGUGGAUGUGUUUAGGACGGUGACGCUGCCGAUGCUGAAGAAACACUUCGGGGUGGAGGAUGGGUUGGGAUUGGAGGUGACGCGGAGAGGGUGUCCGCCGGGUGGCGGCGGGAGCGUGACGCUGACACUGCCUAUAGUGAAGACGCUGCCGACGCUGGAUUGGUGCGACGAGGGGUUGGUGAAACGGGUGCGUGGGGUGACGUUCACGUGUAAGGUUUCGCCGCAGAACGGGAAUCGGAUGGUUGACGCGGCGCGCGGGGUGCUGAAUAAGUUCAUUCCAGACGUGUACAUUUUCACGGACCAUCACGUCGGGCCUGAGGCGGGGAAGAGUCCAGGGUACGGGCUCUCUCUCGUCGCGGAGACGACUACGGGAUGCGUGCUCGGCGCGGACGGCGCCUCCACCGCGUGCUCGUCUGCCAAGGACGAGGCCUCGGGUGUGGACUGGAGCGACGACGCCGAGGCGCGCGUGCCCGAAGACAUUGGCCGUCGCGUCGCCGAGGCUCUCGUCGCCGAGAUCCAGCGCGGAGGCGUCGUCGACAGCACACACCAGUCCCUUGCUUUGAUACUUUUGGCUUGUGGCCCUGAACAGGUGUCGCGCGUGCGUCUGGGCCAGCUCACGCCGCGCGCCAUAGACACCCUGCGAGUCAUCAAGUCUUUCUUUGGUGUUGUCUUCCACGUCCAACCCGAGAUCGAGAGCGGCACCGUCUUCUGCUCGUGCGUCGGCGUGGGUCUGAAAAACGUCGCCAAGCGGAGCACGUAA